AUGGAACCCAAGAAAAAGAAGUGCAAGGCCACGGCUGAAGAUGCCCAGGCCCAGCCAUCAAAAAAGAAGCUUCACACUCCAAAGUUGACACCAGCAACAACAUCUGGUGCUCUGUUGGCUGAUGCGUCCAUCAGUUCAGUCAAGGCACCCAAAGGGAAGGGCAAGAUGAUCAAAGUGGUCCCCAAGGCAAUAUCUAAAGCUCCACCAGCCAAUUUCAAGGGUGCAGCUGCUGGGACCAUCAAAGCACCCAAGGAGAAGAAGAAAGUGACCAAGGCGGAGUCAAAAGUUAUCCCUGAGACACCAUUCACCAAUAUCAAAGAAUCACCUUCUGCAUUACUUGCAGUGCAACAGCAAAAUGACUUGGCAGCAAAAGCUGAGUUCCAGGCAACCUUCAAGGUGCUGCCCGCCAAUGCCAAAGACAAACCUGCUGCCUUGUUUAAGGUGCCCAAACAGAUAGAUUUCCUUCUUAUUGCUUGGUGGGGUAGCAUCAACAACCUGGCUCACACAGUACUUUCAAUUGAAAAGAAGAAAAGCCAGUGGUUGAAUGGAAUUAGUCCUGUUGAAACAACAGUUGUAAAUCGGGUAGCAAAGUGCUGGAGAAAACCAAAAAAGGGCAACAAGGACUCAUUGAGACGGGUGCUGCCAUCUGAAAGGCAGUCCAGAGUUUCCAAGUUGAUUGUCCCCCAGCUCAACUGGAUCAACACCAUAAAUACUAGUCAGAGUGCAUCAGAGCAUGACACCACCCAGACAGAGAAUGACUGA